UUAUUUAUUUUCAAGAUGUCAGCCAAAGGAGUGAUCUAGGGGAAGGAAGAUCAUAUCCACUGGCAGAUAUACAUCUUAGGAAGGAAAAGUCAUCAAAUCCAAGGAGGAGAUUUUGAAUAAUCUUAUAUUAUAAAAAAUAUGGAUAAUACAUUUGUUGUGGGUACAAAGGUAUGGCUGUUAGUUGAAGAUGAUUGGCAAGCAGCUGUUGUUACAGAAAAUAAAAACGGACAAAUUACUUUUACCGCAGAAACUGGGAAGAAACAUGAUUUCCCCUUUACAAGUAUCAAUCGACAAGUCGCUGCACCAAUGCACCAAUCAAGCAUUGAUGGAGUUGAAGAUAUGGCGAAAUUGGGAGACAUGCAUGAAGCUGCCAUUCUUUAUAACUUAAAUCAACGAUACCAAAAUAGUCAGAUAUAUACGCACAUUGGGUCUAUAUUAGUUGCUGUCAAUCCAUACAAAAUCAUCUCUGGACUAUAUGAAAAUGAUGUUAUCAAUUCAUACAAUAAUAAAUAUUUGGGAGAUAUGCCACCACAUAUAUAUGCUAUCGCCAAUGAAGCAUAUUAUGCAAUGUGGAGAAAAGGUGGCAAUCAAUGUGUUUUAAUCAGUGGAGAAUCUGGUGCAGGAAAAACUGAGUCUACGAAACAUAUCCUACGUUUUUUAUCUGAGAUGAGUAGGUAUUCUUUGGAAAAGCAAAACUCUGUCGUGGAAGGUGUAAAAGUGGAAGAAGCAAUCUUACAAAGCAGUCCUAUCUUAGAAGCAUUUGGUAAUGCAAAAACAGUAUACAAUAACAAUUCAAGUCGUUUUGGAAAGUAUAUGGAGCUUAGCUUUUCAAACAGUGGAAACAUAAAUGGUGGUGUUAUUGUUGAUUACUUACUGGAGAAGAACCGAGUUGUGCGUCAAAAUCCAAAUGAAAGAAAUUUUCAUAUUUUUUAUGCACUGUGUGCAGGAACUCCAACAGAAUCUAGAGCGUUGUACCAUUUAUAUCCACCUGAAAAGUACUACUACUUAAGUCAAAGUGGAUGUAUUUCUGACGCUUCCAUUAACGAUGUGCAGGACUACCAAAACGUUGUGAAUGCUAUGGAAAUACUUGGCUUAUCCACUGAGCAAAUUCAAAACGUAAUGCUAGUGUUAUCAAGUAUUUUACAAUUGGGAAAUAUUGAAUUUAUGACUACUGGUGGAGCACAAGUGGAAGAUAAAAAUGUUCUUGAGAAUUUAUCAAACCUGCUACAAGUUGAUUUGUACGACUUAAAUGAUGCACUAACUCAAAAAAGCAUGGUUUUACGUGGAGAGAAAAUUAUGAGUCCCCUAACUGUUGAGCAGGCAGUCGAUUCAAGAGAUUCAGUUGCAAUGGCAUUAUAUCAAGCAUGUUUCAAAUGGUUAAUACACAAGAUUAAUAACAGACUCAGGGGAUGUAAAGAUUUUUUUUCAGUUGGGGUCUUGGAUAUUUUUGGAUUUGAAAACUUCAAGAUAAACAGAUUUGAGCAGUUUAACAUUAAUUUUGCAAACGAGAAAUUGCAGGAAUAUUUUAAUAAGCAUAUUUUCUCCUUGGAACAGCUUGAAUACAAUAGGGAAGGACUUGAAUGGACCGACAUUGAUUGGAAUGAUAAUGGAGAGUGUUUGGAUCUUGUUGAAAAGAAACUUGGUUUGCUUUCACUGAUUGACGAGGAAAGUCAUUUUCCCAAGGGAACGGACGAAUCAUUACUUCGAAAGUUGCAUGAAAAUCACGCUGCUAACCCAUUUUAUAUUAAACCAAGAGUUGCUGAUACCAGAUUUGGAAUUCGUCACUAUGCUGGGGAGGUGUUUUAUGAAUCUAACGGCUUCUUGGAAAAGAAUCGUGAUACAUUCCGUGAAGACUUGCUCAGUGUGUUAACAGAAAGCAGGUCAGAUUUUAUUUACGACAUGUUUGAUACAAUGAAGAAAGCUGAGGAAGCUACAGCAACGGCAGCAGCCAAUGUCAAAAGAGCUAAGAAACCUAAAAAAGCUACUGUCAGUUCUCAAUUCAAGUCUUCUUUGUUUUCUCUGAUGUCAACGUUAAACAACGCUAACCCAUACUUUGUGAGGUGCAUCAAACCAAAUGGAGCGAAGGUUAAAGAAUCCUUUGAAUCUGAUUUGGUGCUGAGUCAGCUUAAAUAUUCUGGAAUGUUAGAAACAGUAAAAAUCAGGAAAGCUGGCUUUCCUGUGAGAAGAACAUAUGAAGAUUUUAUGCAAAGGUACAAGGCUUUGUUUUACAAAGCUAAACAAAAAAUGUUAGUUGAUGCAAAAGAUAAUUGUGUUGUUAUCCUGACACAGUUUGAUCCAAGAAGGGACCUCCACAGAUCUGGAAAAACAAAAAUUUUUCUCAAAGAUAAACUCGAAGCCGAGAUAGAAAUUCACCGCACUAAAAAUAUCAAACUGGCUGGUCGUGUUAUACUUAAUCAAAUAUUUGGCUUUUUAAUUCGUAAAAAAUUUGUAAAAACCAAAUUGGCUAUAGUGUUGAUACAAAAGAUGUACAAAGGUCACUUUUACAAGACAAAAUUUAUACAAAAAAAGAAUGCAGCUGUUAUGUUGCAGAGGUAUGAACGUGGACGACAAGCACGUAAAUUGUAUGCUGACAUGUUGGAACAGAAACGUAUUGAAGAGGAACGACGAAAAGAAGAAGAGAGAAGGAGAGAAGAAGAAAAACGAAAAGAGCUGGAACGUUUGGAGCAAGAACGAAAAACUAAAGAAUUGGAAGAGCUCCGAAAAAAGAUUGAAGAAGAGGAAAGGUUAAAACGAGAACAGGAAGAAGAACAACGUGUGAAAGAAGAGCUGCAGAGACAAGCAGAAAUUGCUAAAUUAAGAGAACUUGAAGAACAAAUACGUAUAGAAGAUGAGAGGAAGAGAUUAGAAGAAGAAGCAAGGUUAAAGGCUGAAGAAGAACAAAGAAUAAAGGAGGAAGAAGAAGCUAGGUUGAAUAAAGAAGAGGAUGAGUUGAAAAAACAAGAAGAAGAAGAAAGACUAGACAGAGAAGCAACUGAAGAUGCUCUUCGUGAAAUGGCAGAGCUUGAUGCACAGUUACAGUUUGAGGAAGCUAUGGAUGAUGAUGAAGACUUUGAUGACGAUAAUGUUUCCCGCAUCAUUAGCUUUGGCGAAGAUAUGGCAAUUUCUGAUCGUGCUACGAUGGAAGGAUACCUCUCAUUGAAAGGUGGCUUAAUGAACACUGCGAAGAGGCAUUGGUGUGUAUUGAAAGAUGAUACUCUUAUGUGGUUCAGAGGAAGACAGAAAGCAUUAAAGAGUGGAUGGCUCAUGAAGAAAGGAGGUGGGACUGGCACACUUUCAAGACGUAACUGGAAACGACGUUGGUUUGUACUUAAAGACACACUCCUCACGUAUCAUGAUAGUGACCAAGAUGGUGCGAAAACAUUGGGAACUAUUGACUUGCGUAGCUGUAGACAAAUUGUGGAUAGCAGUCAGAAAGAUAAUGCACUUAGUAUUAUCAUGCCAGAAAGGACAUACCAUUUUACUACUGAAAGUCCACAAGACUGGAAUGAUUGGUUUAGUAUAUUAAAUCGUGUGCACAGAGCUAAUGAACUUGAGUUGAAAGAAAUGAAAGAGGAGUCAGCGAAUAUAAGAAAUGCUGUGGGUACUAUAGAUACUAUUGUUAUUGAGAGCAUAUCAGUUGAUGUAUAUGAGGACAGACCUAAACACAGGCCUAACGAGACAGGCUCACAAUACCUCUCUGCUUACUCGCUUGAUUCUUAUGAUUCGAUAUCACGUGUAAUGAACGAUGGAAAACGAAAGAUGUCAACUGGAUCUAUCCGAGGACGAGGCACAUUAAAAAGCAGAGUCUUAGAUUAUCCCACUGCUACUCUCCGUCGCAAAUCCGUCAGACAAAAUGGAUUUAGUAUCAUCACUGCAAAUCGUGUUUACAGUUUCACUGCAGACAAAGUUGGAGAGGUUGAACAGUGGGCAGAGGCACUGAAUCAAAGUAAAGAAAAACAAUUUGAAGAAGGAACCACAAUAGCUAUUGAGAAAGGUUGGCUGCUAAAGAAAGCCCCAACAGAUCAAGGAAGAGAUAAACGAAGGUGGUUUAUUUUAAAUUCCAACUCACUCGACUACUUUAAAUCCACCGAUAAGAAUUCUCCUAAACUGGGAUCCAUCGUCCUGAACAGCUUAUGCACCAUUAUACCACCUCCACCUGCUGACGAUGCGAAAGCCAAAGAGACAGGUCAAUGGGAGUUUGUUGUAAAUGGUCGCAAACGUUCUUAUAACUUAAUCACCUCAUCAUCAGAAGACGCUGUAAGAUGGCACACUGCUAUACAAGAAGUUAUUGACAACAAAGUAACAGUUGAGACACCAUACCAGAAACUCAUCAGCGACGUCAUGGAUGCAAACAGUGAAGCUGUCAUUGGUAGAAUAUAUCGAGUCCAUCCUCUACUGAACUGCACGAAGCAACCAAUCAAGAUGCCGUUAUUACCUCUGCCUUAUGGCCACUCCCUCUCUCAACGUGCUCAGAACAAGGAUUACGGAACGUUUUAUGAAGAGGCGUUGCGUAUAUUUAUAUCACUUCAAGAACUUGAGAAUGUCGCUGAUCCUAUUGCAGUCACGCAGGGUAUACUACAAACUUGUCACGAUAUGAAAGAACUGAGAGACGAGAUUUAUUGCCAACUUAUUAAACAGACGACUGGUUUGGAAGACCCGAACAGUUUAUCAGGACUAAGACACAUGCAGGUUUUAGUUUGCAUGUGCUGUACAUUCCUACCAUCAAGAAAAAUACUCAGAUUUUUAAGAUUUCAUCUAAAGAGACUGCGUGAUCAAUGUCCAGAUACAGAAAUAUCGAAGUUCGGUGAUUUCGCUUUGGAUGCGUUAAAGAGAACACGCGUGAGAGAGUUCCCUCCAUCCAGGGAGGAAAUCAUCACAUUAUUAGGUCGCAGAAAAAUCACUGCUACCGUUUAUUGCUACGGAGGAGGGUCCUGUCAGAUCACAAUUGACUCUUCUACAACAAGUGGCGAGGUUGUGAAAACUUUAUGUAAAGGGAUGAAGAUUAAACAAACCAACCUUAUCUUCGCACUCUUCGAGAGGUGUGGGCCGAGCAAUGAGAAGAGUAUAGAAGAUAGACAGAUAAUUACGGAUGUAUUAGCCAAAUUUGAAAGGUAUAAAGCAAUAGAUGUUAACAAAACCAAGCGACACAAAUGGCAACUCUUCUUCAAAAUAUUUUGCUUUUUACACCCUGAACGCGUGUCUGAAGAUUCCAUCGCUGGAAACUUUUUAUUUGAACAGACUUGCGAGAAUGUUCUCCGCGGCAGAUAUCUUCUACCAGAGUUAACUCUAUGUAAGCUGGCUGCUCUCCGAUUGCAAUACAACGAAGGAGAUUACAUAGUUGGAACUUGGAUUGACAAAGAAAUACGCACGGUCUUCCCUGUUGCAAAAAUAAGAAAGAAAGCAGCGCAAGAAAAUAAGCCGGCGCCGAAGAAAGAUUAUGGUACCAUAAGGGGAACGAUAAGGAAGGCUAUAUCGCCGUUUAAAGCGGAGGAAGAAAUGUCGGAGCAACCAAAAUACGAUGUUGAAGAGGAGCUUUCAGCUAUCAAAAGUAAUGUCAUGUCGAAGUGGAAGGAGUUGCAGGGAACGCCACCAGACGAUGCACAGGUUGAAUAUAUGUCUAUUGUAAAAAACUGGCACGGUUUUGGUUCCACUAUGUUUAACGUUACUUCAAAAGAUCCAACAAUGAUACCAGAAUUAUCGCUCGGUGUUAGCUUCAAUAAUGUUGCUAUAUACAGGCGUGAUGAAACACGUCCCAUAGCAACGUAUAAUUACGAAGAUAUAUUAUCGUUUGGUGCACCGCAGCCGAACGUUUAUCGAAUUGUUGUUCAAGGGAGGAGUCCAAUAACUUUCGAGACAGAGAAGGUGGUCGAAAUAGCAAAAUUAAUGAAAGCUUAUAUUAAUGAAAUCGUAAAAAGCGCCCGUCGCAAAAGUGCAGCUUUACGGCAGUCGCUUCAGUUAAUCGGCGACGACGAUAAUUUAACGUCACCAGAGCCAAUGUUAUCACCGGAUUCUCAGAGCAGCAAUACAAGUAGUGAUUCUCUCAUGUGAGUUUGAUAUGGUGAAUGGUACGUUUUCACUGGUGUUUGUCUGUGUAGAGUAUUUUUGUGACGAUGUACGUGUUUUCAUAAAAAUAAUAUUUUUACUCUUUGUAUAAAAAUGAAUGUAUCGGUGAUUUGUAAUUUUUAAUGUACACUUACUGAAUGUGGGUGCAAGUAUUUUAACCUGACCUACUUUGAGACACUGGUGAGUUUUUUAAUUUGGCGCUCCAGUGUUUCAUUUUAGUUCGUAUAUUGAAGUGAGGUUUCUUUUACUCAUCUGUUUAUUUUUACAGCUAAUGUUUGAUAUAUAUUUAUUGAUUAAAAUCUAGGACCAGAAAUUUUUAUUGGAAUAUAUUACUUCUAAAUAAAAUAGACAUGGCAGGAACGUUAGCGGAACAUUCCGUUUUGUUUAAGUCACAAAUAAACUAUUUCAGGCCAGCCUAACCUUUGGUACCCCUUCGGGGAAAAAUCGAGAGAAAAACUCUACUCUUUCGUGAUCAGUAUUGCCCGGGAUAUGAAUAUCCCGAAUGUCAACAUGUGCAAUACAAAAGAUCACCGCAAGAGUUCGCUCUUAACUGCAGACCGUUUCUAAAGAGAGUUACUUGAGUUGGUUAUGAAUAACCUCGCGUUUCUUCAGUAAAUGCAACAAAAGGAUGGUUCGGAAGUUAUCUUAAUUAAGUUUCUUAAUUUUAAAAGAAAAUUAAUUUUUUAAAAAAAUAUGCAUGAAAGUUGCAUGUCGAAAUAUUGUGUUCUAAAUCUAAAAAAUUACUGAAGUUAAAGUUUUGAAUAGUACUGAUUUUCCCUAUAAUGAAUCAAUCUUUGACAAUUUGGUAGAUAUGGCGUAAUCCUGCUUGCUAAUGUUUACAAUAUUAUAUUUCGUCGUGUUAAUGUAUGUGGCUCGACUGCUGAGAUUUUCAUAAUUUUUCUACCUGUGAUACAGUUAAAGAACAGUAAAAAUACUUUGUCAAUGUUUAAAAAGACUUUUAACUUUUGAAAGAAAAUCUCUCUUCUGUUUUUUCUUCCGUUUAUAUUAUUUAUUUUUAAUUUUUAUAAAGAAUUGUUUACCCUUUUUUGUGAUUAAUUUUUUUCUGAAUUUCAUUUUCUAUUUUUAUAACACGAGUUGUUUUUUUCGUGUUUUUUUUUUAAUUUGAUAUUCUUUUGACUAGAAUGUAGAAUGUUUAUAUACAAAUAUAAAUAAGAAAUCGAA